CAACUGUCGCUCACAUAUUCUAUCUUCCAAAGCUACGCCAAUGUUUCUUUAUUCCAAUGAUUCUAGGUGGUAUCAUGGAAGUCGGGGGUCUGUACGGUCGCUAUUGGGGACACAGCAGUCAGAACGACUUUAGGGCAUAUGUUUUACAGGCUCUCUUGUUGACUCCGGCACCAAUAUUCCUGGCUGCUACGAUGUACAUGACACUCGGCAGAGUCAUCGUUGCUUUAGACUCCGACAAGGAUCAUACUCUCAUCCGUCCUCGCUGGCUGUCAAAGAUCUUUGUGCUUUUCGAUAUCAUCUGCUUUCUUGUCCAGAUUGGCGGUAUCGGUAUGCAAUGCACCACGAGCUUGUCAGUUCAGAAAAGUGGCCGUACAGUGACCAUCAUCGGCUUGGUUCUGCAACUUGUCAUCUUCGCCUACUUCAUCAUUGUGGCCCUCGUCUUCCAUAGACGCAUCAAUGCUCGCCCUACCUCGAUUUCAGUCCAUCAUACAAUCCAUUGGGUCAGACAUCUACGCAUUAUGUACGCGACUAGUGUUCUGGUACUUGUCAGAAACAUCUUCCGCAUUGCAGAAUAUGUUGAAGGCUCAGAUGGCCCGAUUGGACAUUCAGAAGUGUACCUCUACAUUUUCGAUAUGGCGUUGAUGGCAGGACUUAUGUGGGCAUUUGUCGUUGUCCAUCCUGGUCGACUUCUCAGGGCCAUCAGGAAGCUGAAGAAGCGUAGCUCACUGGACAGUGUCGAGGGAGAGAAGCUCAAACGCGACUUCCUUCUCAAACGCGGGGACACAUUCAUCACGCGUCGACCUGCCAUGAUUUGCCUGCCCUCCAUCACAACGACAACCAUCAUCAAGAUGCCUGCCGCCAAAGUCAAGGACGUACAGCCAAAGAAGCGUGUGCUCGUCGAUGCACCAAUAUCCCGUCAGAACGUCCAAACCGAUAGCCCUUCGAAGCGCAGGAAGCUCAAUGGCCAACCCAAGAACUUCAAGACACCAGGCGGUCCCGGCUCUAGUCAAGUCAAGAGCCAGUUCGAAGAGGAGGUCCUCGAGAAGUUGACUCAGGAUCUUGAUGACCUCAAGCAACACAAUGCCGAGAAAGACCAACAAUGGGCUCGACCGAGUCUGGACGACUUUGACGAAACAAGGGACAGUUUGUGCUUCCAGCAGAUUGAAGCUGAGGAAGGCACCCUCCAUGGCGGAAAGACCUGCGUCAAGCUGUUUGGUGUCACAGAGGUACCUUCAGCAUCGUCUGCAUACGCUCUCUGGCAGAGGCUGACCACAUCUUCCCAUCUAGNNACCGGCCACUCUGUCCUACUACACGUCACCGACUUCAUGCAUUACCUCUACGUAGCUGCCCCUUCGUCAUUCCAGCAGAGUGAUUGCGAGUCCUACAAAGCCUACCUCGAAACACAUCUUGCCCAACACCAACCUGCCAUCUAUUCGGUACAGAUGGUUCUUCGCGAAAACUUGUACGGCUUCCAGGGCAAUGUGAAGAGUCCCUACCUCAAAAUCACCGUUACCGACCCCAAGUAUAUCAACAAGCUGAGAACAUCGAUCGAGAGUGGAAGCGCCAAUUACAAGGGCCUCUGGAAAGGUGCCGACGGCGGCGUCCUCACCUUUGACAGUAUUCAAUAUGUGCUCCGCUUCAUGAUUGAUACCAAGGUCUCAGGAAUGUCCUGGGUCGAGACUCCCGCAUCCAAAUACACUCUAGUCCCCACUCGCGAUAGGCAUUCUAAUUGCCAAAUCGAAGCCUUCUGCCACUACCGAGAUCUCAUUGCCCACCCUGCCGAAGGAGAAUGGGCAAAGAUGGCUCCUCUAAGAACUCUCUCGUUCGAUAUCGAGUGCGCUGGUCGCAAGGGUAUCUUCCCAGAAGCCAAUGUGGAUCCUGUCAUUCAGAUCGCGAACGUCGUCACAAGAUACGGAGAAGACAAGCCAUUCGUGCGCAAUGUUUUCUGCUUGGACACGUGUAGUCUGAUAGUCAACACGCAGAUCUUUGAGUUUGCUGACGAGGAUAAGAUGCUGAUGGCCUGGCGAGACUUCCUGGAGAAGGUAGACCCAGAUGUCAUCAUUGGCUACAACAUCUCAAACUUCGACUUUCCCUAUCUACUGGACAGAGCGAAGCACCUCAAGGUCGGAAAAUUCCCCUUCUGGUCAAGACUUCGCAACGUGCAGUCGGUCGCAAAAGACACCAACUUUUCCAGCAAGCAGAUGGGCAACAGAGAUACGAAGGCAACCAACACUAAUGGACGUCUGCAGCUUGAUCUCCUCCAAUUGAUCCAGAGAGACCAUCAACUGAGAAGUUACACACUGAAUUCUGUGUGUGCACACUUCUUGAAUGAGCAGAAGGAAGACGUUCAUCACACUAUGAUCACUGAGCUCUUCAACGGUACUCCAGAAUCACGACGAAGACUGGCAGUCUACUGUUUGAAAGAUGCCUACCUUCCACAACGUCUGAUGGACAAACUCAUGUGUCUUAUCAAUUACACAGAGAUGGCCAGAGUCACGGGUGUACCCUUCAACUACCUUCUCUCUCGCGGUCAGCAGGUCAAGUUCAUUAGUCAACUCUUCCGAAAGGCUUUGGAGCAACAACUCGUCAUUCCCAAUCUUCGCAGCGAAGGAACAGAGGAACAGUACGAAGGUGCUACGGUCAUUGAACCUACCAGAGGUUAUUACGACGUUCCCAUCGCCACACUCGAUUUUGCUUCGCUAUACCCAAGUAUCAUGCAGGCCCACAACUUGUGCUACACAACUCUGCUCAACAAGAAUGCCGUGGACAAGCUGAAUUUCAAGAAAGACGAAGACUAUAUUGUCACACCAAACGGCGAUCUCUUCUGCACAGCAAAAGUCCGUAAAGGUCUUCUCACGCAGAUUUUGGAAGAAUUGCUAGGUGCCAGAAAGCGAGCCAGAAAGGAGUUGGCUGUCGAGAAGGAUCCUUUCAAGAAAGCUGUCUUGAACGGUAGACAACUCGCAUUGAAGAUCAGUGCGAACAGUGUUUACGGUAUCACAGGUGCCACAGUUGGAAAACUGCCCUGUCUUGCCAUUGCCUCGAGUACGACUUCCUAUGGUCGUCAGAUGAUUGAAAAGACCAGAGACGAGGUCCAGAAGCGAUACACUAUCGCCAAUGGAUACACUCAUGAUGCCGAAGUCAUCUAUGGUGAUACCGAUUCGGUCAUGGUCAAGUUUGGCCCCAAUGAUCUUGCAAAGGCCAUGGAGUUGGGUGAAGAAGCGGCCAACUAUGUCUCCUCCAAAUUCAUCAAGCCUAUCAAGCUGGAAUUCGAGAAGGUCUACUUCCCCUACCUUCUAAUCAACAAGAAGCGUUACGCUGGUCUAUUCUGGACCAACCCCAACAAGUGGGACAAGAUGGACAGCAAAGGUAUCGAAACCGUUCGAAGAGAUAAUUGCCGCCUCGUACAGACGGUCAUCGAGACAAGCUUACGUAUGCUGUUGAUCGAUCGCGAUGUCCAGGGAGCCCAAGAUUUCGUCAAAGAGACCAUCGCUGAGCUGUUGCAAAACAAGGUGGAUAUGUCCAACUUGGUGAUUACCAAGGCAUUGACCAAGAACGAUUACGCCGCCAAACAGGCUCACGUUGAGCUCGCUGAGCGUAUGAAGAAGCGUGACGCGGGUUCUGCUCCUGCACUUGGUGAUCGUGUCGCGUAUGUCAUGGUCAAGGGUGCUGCCGGUGCAAAGAAUUAUGAGAAAUCGGAGGAUCCCAUCUUCGUGCUGGAGAACAACUUGCCGAUCGACACCAGGUACUACCUUGAUAACCAGCUUGCCAAGCCUCUUGGUCGUAUCUUCGAGCCCAUCUUGGGUGAGAAGAAGGCAGGCCAACUUCUGACUGGUGAGCACACACGCUCUAUCAGUGUUGCUGCCCCGACCAUGGGUGGUUUGAUGAAGUUUGCCAAGAAGACUGAGACAUGCAUGGGCUGCAAGAAACCGCUGACUGGCAAAGACGAGAAGCACGGCGCUGUCUGUGAGAACGAUCGUGACCGCCUAGGCGAAUUGUACCAGAAAACGUUGAGCAAGGUUGCCGAACUGGAGGUUCGCUUCGCUCGACUCUGGACGCAGUGCCAAAGAUGCCAGGGCAGUAUGCACAACGAGGUCAUCUGUUCCAGCAGAGACUGCCCCAUCUUCUAUAUGCGCAUGAAGGCCAAGAAGGAUGUCGAGGACUCGGGCAAGGAGCUUGUUCGCUUCGACAACGACGGUGCUUUGUGG